AAAGGACACUGAGAUCACUGAAAGAAUAUCAUGCCUAGAGUUUCAGAAUUUCUUAAUCAAGCCUUGUGUAUGUUUUAUAUCUACGAAUGGAGAGACAGUUUAGGGAACGGUAACGUUCAAGUGAUAUCUUUAAAUAAUUUCCAUAUUUUAUUUAUAUCACUGUCGUAGCAGAAGUACCCGAUUCUCUCAACUUUAGAUAUUUUUUUAACAUUUUUGCUUCGAAAUUUAACAUUUAUCAUCCAAGUAUUUACCGCUACUUCUGAAAAUGAGUGAAUAUAUGCAUUCUGCAAUUAAUUGGCAAAUACCUACAUUUUUAAUUGUAACUGGUGCUAGUCGUGGUCUUGGUUUGACCAUAGCUAUUGAAUUCUGUAAAAAACUUUGCGAAGGUAGUAGUGCUUUAUUACUUGCCCGGGAUAAAACAAAACUAAUUAUGACUCAAGAGAUGAUAUCUAAAUGUAGUACAGUGAAGUGUGAGAUAGUGGCUAUCGAUUUAGCAUUGCCAGAUAGCCCCAGUUAUGAGCAUCUUCUUACAAAACAUGUACAACAAACAGGUUCCUCGUAUCGACAAGCACUUUUAAUUCACAACGCUGGUACAUUAGGUGAUAUAUCCAAAACCAUAAUGAACUCUACAUCAGCAUCUGAAAUCAAAGCUUACUUUGAUCUUAACUUACAUUCCGUAAUGUUCCUCACAUCAGCUUUUCUUAAAGUUUUCGAAUUAACUGAAAGAAAACUUAUAAUCAACGUUUCGUCAUUAGCUGCCUUACAACCUUUCAAAGGGUGGAAUCUGUAUUGCACUGGUGAGAAUUUAUUAUUAUUAUUUUCUUUGCGUGUUUUAUCUUGUACUUUCUAUUUUAGCUGGUGUAUUUGAUUUUAAAUGCAGCAAAAUUCAUUUUUUUUUUAAACC